AUGGAUGACACCGAAUAUGGCCGUUUUGUGGAUUGGGAUAAGAUGGAGAGUGGGGGCCAGGAACAGAGCCCCAAAGUUCUUAACUGUAACGAUUUACAGGAACUGAAACAGCUGUCUCGUCAGGGGUAUUGGGCCAAGAACCAUUCGUUACGGGCAAAGGUAUAUAAAAAACUUAUCAAAGACAUCCCUUGCCGCACCGUGACACCAGACGCCAGCGUGUACCGAGACAUUGUGGGAAAAAUAGUGGGCAAGAGAAGUGCCAGUACGUUACCACUACCUGAAUUUGUUGACGAUCGCCAGGUUCCCACCUACUGCCUGAACUCCGAAGGGAUUGGAUCAGUCCGGAAAGUCAUAAUGUGUAUCUCAAACCAAUUUCCAGAUAUCUCCUUUUGUCCUGCUCUCCCUUCCAUUGUGGCUCUUCUUCUUCACUACAGCCAGGACGAAGCAGAAUGCUUUGAAAGCGUCUCUCGAAUAUUAGCCUGCAAUGACCCUAAUAGGCGGCUUGUUGACCAAACCUUUUUAGCAUUUGAGUCGUCUUGCAUGACUUUUGGGGAUCUAGCAGGCAAAUAUUGCCAAGGACCUCACAAGCUCAUGGUAGCAGUAUCUGAAGAUGUCAUGGAGGUAUACUCAGACUGGCAAAGGUGGCUUUUUGGAGACUUGCCCUUUAACUAUGUCACAAGGGUGUUUGAUGUGUUUUUGGUAGAAGGUUACAAAGUUCUCUUCAGGAUAGCGCUGGCUCUUCUGAAAUUUUUUCAAAAAGUAAGAGGUGGACAGCCUAUGGAGUCGAAUAAUGUGAAAAGAGACCUCCAGGAGUUUGUGAGGGACAUCAGCAAAUCCGUGUCUCCAGAAAAAACUUUUAGAGAAAGCCUUUGCUAUCCGGCUCUUCUCCCGUAAAGAGAUACACUUACUUCAGAUUGCCAAUGAGAAAGCUCUGCAGCAGAAAGGCAUCACGGUGAAGCAGAAAAGAGUAAAGUCUCCUGUCCGACAGAAUGUUCACUUGGCUGUACAUGCUGAAAACUUCAAGUCUGACAUUGUGAGUGUGAAGGAGAUGCGAGACAUCUGGUCCUGGAUUCCGGAAAGGUUUGCCCUCUGCCAGCCGCUUCUGCUCUUCACCAACCGGGAGCAUGGCAAUAGCCUCAGCAGGUUUUACUUGCAUUCUGAAGGGCAUGAGCCCACCCUACUACUGAUCAAAACCAGCAGCCAAGAGGUGUGUGGUGCAUACCUAUCUACUGACUGGAAUUCACGCAAGAAAAGCGGAAACAAGCUGAGCUUCUUUGGAACUGGAGAGUGUUUUGUUUUUCGGCUACAGCCAGAGGUGGAGCGCUACGAGUGGGUGAUCAUAAAACACCCUGAGCUCGGCAGAGUAAGUGCAUCAGCUGACAAAGAAUCAAACUCUUCCCAAGACACUGCUGAUGGCACAGACCCUUCUGAUCGCUUGUCUCCAUUCCUGGCCACUCGCCACUUCAACCUUCCAUCUAAAACAGCCUCCAUGUUCAUGGCUGGGAGCACAGAAUGCAUUAUCAUAGGUGGCGGAGAUGGACAAGCUUUAUAUUUGGACUCUGAUCUGAAUUAUGGAAGAACCAGCCAUUGCAACACUUUCAACAACCAGCCUCUGUGCUCCGAAACCUUCCAGGUGGCAGUGAUAGAGGUGUGGGGUUUUAAGGACAAUCUCCACAAUGAGGAACGUCCCUCAACAUUACCUUGA